AUGUUAGCGAUCAAACCAUCGAAGGAAUUGGAACAAAUGAUUAAACAAAUAGGAGUUUGGCAGGAAAGGGAUGACAGAAUUAGGGAAAUCAGGGAAGCAAGAACGACGAAAGAGAAGGCUAUGCAGACUGAAUGGACACUAAUUGCGAUCGAUAUAGAGGACUCGCAGAAACCAAACCGUGAAUUUCUCCUCAACUACAUAGCACGUCAUCAUUUUUUUGCGGGUCUGAAGGAUCAAUUCAAAGUUCCUCCGAUCAUAUCGCCGAUUAAAGAAUAUGUCACGCGCAUAGAAGAGACAACGGAUGAUUGGAGAACGUGGAAAGUGGGGGAGUUCAUGUGGAAGAACAAUCAGGAAAAUACGGAGCCGAAUGGGGAAAAUAUGAAUGCUAGAAAUGAACAAGACAAGCAGAGAGGGGAAAAACGGAAACAGGUGAUCAAUGGUAAAGAGAAGCCAAUAGAGACAAAAACCAAAAAGCUGGUCAGACAAUGCGAGAGGAGUAAAGAAAUCGAUGAAAUAAAAAAAGAAGGAGAAGCGGAGAGUAAGCAAAAACAAACCAAAUUAGUUAUGAGAAUAUCGGAAAGGGAUUUAAUGACCCUGGAUAAUGAUAAUUGGUUAAAUGAUGAGGUAGUGAAUUGUUAUUUGCAAUUAAUAGCGCAAAGAGGAAAUAUGAGUCAAAAUAAAUACAAAACGGUGUAUGCCAUGGACACUUAUUUCUUCCCUCGCUUGCAUAUCAAUGGCUACUCCGCCAUAAAAAGGUGGACCAAGAAAUUGAAUGUAUUCGCAUUCCAAAUAAUUCUCGUGCCUAUUAACCUGGGGAACCACUGGUGCCUAUCGAUAAUCGACCUUGAAAAAAAACGAAUUCGUCAUUUCGACAGUUUCACGAGGGAAAAUCCAAGGUAUUUCGAGACAUUGCUGGAAUACAUGCAGCAAGAAGCAGUCGGGAAAAAUGUGAGGCCAAUAAUCCGGGAUGAAUGGAAAUUGAAGACUGAGAAGGACAUUCCGAAACAAAACAAUGGAAACGACUGUGGAGUCUUUAUGUGCACAUAUGCAGAGUAUGUCACAGCAGAUCGUGAGAUGAAUUUCACCCAGAAGGACAUACCUGGGGUACGCGCGAAAAUGCGAAUGCAGAUUGCCAGAGGAAAAUUGGAAUAA